AGAAAAUAGUAAAAAUAAAGAAAAACCCUUGAAUGAGUAGGUGUGUCCAAACUUUUGACUGGUACUGUAUAAUAUUUGGAUUUCUGUGAUUUUAAGUUGAUCAUUUUCAAACUAUUGAUAUGGUUUUUUAUUUAAAGAAAAUUGAAUUUCCUGUUAAUUUUGUCUUGUGAUGCUGUAUUGAAAAACAGACUUUCAAAGUAGAGGACAAGAACGUGAGGAUGUUUGCUGAUGUGCAGCUACAAAAACAGAACCUCUUAACUGGCCUCACAGGAAACAGGACCAAUAGAAACAGAACCUCUUAACUGGCCUCACAGGAAACAGGACCAAUAGAAACAGAACCUCUUAACUGGCCUCACAGGAAACAGAACCAAUAGAAACAGAACCUCUUAACUGGCCUCACAGGAAACAGGACCAAUAGAAACAGAACCUCUUAACUGGCCUCACAGGAAACAGGACCAAUAGAAACAGAACCUCUUAACUGGCCUCACAGGAAACAGGACCAAUAGAAACAGAACCUCUUAACUGGCCUCACAGGAAACAGGACCAAUAGAAACAGAACCUCUUAACUGGCCUCACAGGAAACAGGACCAAUAGAAACAGAACCUCUUAACUGGCCUCACAGGAAACAGAACCAAUAGAAGCAGAACCUCUUGACAUCAGACUCUGCUGACGUCAGACCAGUCAUCUGACACUCUGACACGGCUCCCAAUUUAGACAGUGACAAUAGGAAAUCACUGUACCAACAGUGGUACUGCUGUACCUACAUGCUGUUCUGUCUCUACAUGCUGUUCUUUACCUACAUGCUGUUCUUUACCUACAUGCUGUUCUGUCCCUACAUGCUGUUCUGUCCCUACAUGCUGUCCCUACAUGCUGUUCUUUACCUACAUGCUGUUCUUUACCUACAUGCUGUUCUGUCCCUACAUGCUGUUCUGUCCCUACAUGCUGUCCCUACAUGCUGUUCUGUCCCUACAUGCUGUCCCUACAUGCUGUUCUUUACCUACAUGCUGUUCUGUCCCUACAUGCUGUUCUGCUCCAACAUGCUGUACCUACAUAGACUGUACUAUGGACCUCUUUCAUUUAGAAUGUUAGCUUCCAGACAACACUGUUUAAAGAUGUUCCAUGUUAUUCCAUCAGAAGAAUAGUGUCUAUGUGAACCUGUGAAUGUGUGUGCACAUGUGGUGUAUUCUCCUGGCUUGAGGACGCAAGAGGUUCUAACGCUCUCUACCUGAACAUAAUAUCUGCCUCCUUGUUCGUCCUCACUGGUGUCUCAGCAUCGUGGAGUUGAGACAGACCUGAACCCUGACCCUCUAACCCUGCUAACUCUAACCUUACAGAGUGGAGCCAGGGUAGGAACCAUAGACCUGAACCCUGACCCUCUAACCUUACAGAGUGGAGCCAGGGUAGGAACCAUAGACCUGAACCCUGACCCUCUAACCUUACAGAGUGGAGCCAGGGUAGGAAGUAUAGAUAUGAACCCUGACCCUCUAACCUUACAGAGUGGAGCCAGGGUAGGAACCAUAGACCUGAACCCUGACCCUCUAACCUUACAGAGUGGAGCCAGGGUAGGAACCAUAGACCUGAACCCUGACCCUCUAACCUUACAGAGUGGAGCCAGGGUAGGAACCAUAGAUAUGAACCCUGACAGACAGAACUAGGACCAGAUAACUAGGUGGUGGAGUGGCAGGUGAAUAUGAGGUAGAACAGAAUGGUAGUGAACAACAGAUCCUACAACACUGGGGGAUUCCUGCCGUAGUGACAGGCGGUAUAAGUAGUGCACUAUAUAGGGAAUAGAGGACCAGGGUUCAGUCCUGCCUCAACUCCACCAUGCUGAGACACCAGUGAGGACGAACAAGGUUUCGCUCCGACAUGGUUUCGCUCCGACAUGGUUUCGCUCCGACAAGGUUUCGCUCCGACAAGGUUUCGCUCCGACAUGGUUUCGCUCCGACAAGGUUUCGCUCCGACAUGGUUUCGCUCAGACAAGGUUUCGCUCCGACAAGGUUUCGCUCCGACAAGGUUUCGCUCCGACAAGGUUUCGCUCCGACAAGGUUUCGCUCCGACAAGGUUUCGCUCCGACAUGGUUUCGCUCCGACAUGGUUUCGCUCCGACAAGGUUUCGCUCCGACAAGGUUUCGCUCCGACAAGGUUUCGCUCCGACAAGGUUUCGCUCCGACAAGGUUUCGCUCCGACAUGGUUUCGCUCCGACAAGGUUUCGCACAGACAAGGUUUCGCUCCGACAAGGUUUCGCUCCGACAAGGUUUCGCUCCGACAAGGUUUCGCUCCGACAUGGUUUCGCUCCGACAUGGUUUCGCUCCGACAAGGUUUCGCUCCGACAUGGUUUCGCUCCGACAAGGUUUCGCUCCGACAUGGUUUCGCUCCGACAUGGUUUCGCUCCGACAUGGUUUCGCUCCGACAUGGUUUCGCUCCGACAAGGUUUCGCUCCGACAAGGUUUCGCUCCGACAAGGUUUCGCUCCGACAAGGUUUCGCUCCGACAAGGUUUCGCUCCGACAAGGUUUCGCUCCGACAAGGUUUCGCUCCGACAAGGUUUCGCUCCGACAUGGUUUCGCUCCGACAUGGUUUCGCUCCGACAAGGUUUCGCUCCGACAAGGUUUCGCUCCGACAAGGUUUCGCUCCGACAAGGUUUCGCUCCGACAAGGUUUCGCACAGACAAGGUUUCGCUCCGACAAGGUUUCGCUCCGACAAGGUUUCGCUCCGACAAGGUUUCGCUCCGACAAGGUUUCGCUCCGACAAGGUUUCGCUCCGACAUGGUUUCGCUCCGACAUGGUUUCGCUCCGACAAGGUUUCGCUCCGACAUGGUUUCGCUCCGACAAGGUUUCGCUCCGACAUGGUUUCGCUCCGACAUGGUUUCGCUCCGACAAGGUUUCCCUCCGACAUGGUUUCGCUCCGACAUGGUUUCGCUCCGACAAGGUUUCCCUCCGACAAGGUUUCGCUCCGACAAGGUUUCGCUCCGACAAGGUUUCGCUCCGACAUGGUUUCGCUCCGACAUGGUUUCGCUCCGACAUGGUUUCGCUCCGACAAGGUUUCGCUCCGACAUGGUUUCGCUCCGACAAGGUUUCGCUCAGACCAGGUUUCGCUCCGACAAGGUUUCGCUCCGACAAGGUUUCGCUCCGACAAGGUUUCGCUCCGACAUGGUUUCGCUCCGACAAGGUUUCCCUCCGACAUGGUUUCGCUCCGACAAGGUUUCGCACAGACAAGGUUUCGCACAGACAAGGUUUCGCACAGACAAGGUUUCGCUCCGACAAGGUUUCGCUCCGACAAGGUUUCGCUCCGACAAGGUUUCGCUCCGACAAGGUUUCGCUCCGACAAGGUUUCGCUCCGACAUGGUUUCGCUCCGACAAGGUUUCGCUCCGACAAGGUUUCGCUCCGACAAGGUUUCGCUCCGACAUGGUUUCGCUCCGACAAGGUUUCGCUCCGACAAGGUUUCGCUCCGACAAGGUUUCGCUCCGACAAGGUUUCGCUCCGACAUGGUUUCGCUCCGACAUGGUUUCGCUCCGACAAGGUUUCGCUCCGACAAGGUUUCGCUCCGACAUGGUUUCGCUCCGACAUGGUUUCGCUCCGACAUGGUUUCGCUCCGACAUGGUUUCGCUCCGACAUGGUUUCGCUCCGACAUGGUUUCGCUCCGACAAGGUUUCGCUCCGACAAGGUUUCGCUCCGACAAGGUUUCGCUCCGACAAGGUUUCGCUCCGACAAGGUUUCGCUCCGACAUGGUUUCGCACAGACAGACCGACUACAAUACAAUCACAACACUGUAUAUCUGGAUGUGGUGUGGCUGAUGACUGUUGGCUGCAUUGUGUUUUAGUUGGUUUGGAGCUCUGUGUACAGUGCUCUCUUCUGUCUGUCUCAGUAGCUUGAUUCUGUCGUCUGUGUAGCUUGGUUCUGGUUCUGUGUGUAGCUUGGUUCUGGUUCUUCAUGUUGUUGUGACCCUGUCGAGCUGCUCUAUACUCUUAACAGCCAGGAAGACACAAAAGGCCUGAGUCCCAAAUGGCACCCUAUUCCCUAUAUAGUGCACUUCUUUUGACCAGGGCCCUAUGGAACCCUAUUCCCUAUAUAGUGCACUUCUUUUGACCAGGGCCCUAUGGCACCCUAUUCCCUAUAUAGUGCACUUCUUUUGACCAGGGCCCAUAGGGAAGAAGGACACUAUGUAUGUAAUAGGGUGCACUUUGGGAUGUUCCCACAGUCUUCCCUGUUGCGGUCAAACUCCUCGUCUCCUUCUUUACCAGACAAUUUCCUUAUAGAAAAUGAUACAUCUGUCUUCAGUUGAUGCUGUGUUGGCCGGUUUUCAGUUGACUAGUCCUAUUUCAAAGAUAUUUAAGUACAAAAGAGAUAUUUGUUCUGUUCUGCUGUGUGACGUAAGACCUGUUCAUGGUGCUGUAAUGACUGGACUGUACCAUCAUUACCAACCCCUCUAGUUCACAGCUCUUGAUAAAGAUCACCAAUAAUGUCUGGACCGUACCAUCAUUACCAACCCCUCUAGUUCACAGCUCUUGAUAAAGAUCACCAAUAAUGUCUGGACCGUACCAUCAUUACCAACCCCUCUAGUUCACAGCUCUUGAUAAAGAUCACCAAUAAUGACUAGAAAAUAAAUCCUUCAAUACUUUUUUAGUAGUCCAAAGUGUAGUAUUUGGUUCCAUAUUCCUAGCACGCAAUAACUACAUCAAGCUGUGACUCUACAACCUGUUUCAGAUUAGUAAUGAUUUGGUAAAUAGUAUACUGUGUCAUUUUGGAGUCACUUUUAUUAUAAUUAAGAAUAUAAUAUGUUUCUAAACACUAAUACAUUAAUGAAUAAUGAAUAAUGAUGAGUUACAAAGUUACAGAGGGUCAAAGAUCAUACCUCCAAGACAUGGUAACCUCACCUGUUAUUGGUAAUGGUGAGAGGUUAGAUCAUACCUCCAAGACAUGGUAACCUCGCCUGUUAUUGGUAAUGGUGAGAGGUUAGAUCAUACCUCCAAGACAUGGUAACCUCGCCUGUUAUUGGUAAUGGUGAGAGGUUAGAUCAUACCUCCAAGACAUGGUAAUCUCGCCUGUUAUUGGUAAUGGUGAGAGGUUAGAUCAUACCUCCAAGACAUGGUAACCUCGCCUGUUAUUGGUAAUGGUGAGAGGUUAGAUCAUACCUCCAAGACAUGGUAACCUCACCUGUUAUUGGUAAUGGUGAGAGGUUAGAUCAUACCUCCAAGACAUGGUAAUCUCACCUGUUAUUGGUAAUGGUGAGAGGUUAGAUCAUACCUCCAAGACAUGGUAACCUCACCUGUUAUUGGUAAUGGUGAGAGGUUAGGUCAUACCUCCAAGACAUGGUAACCUCACCUGUUAUUGGUAAUGGUGAGAGGUUAGGUCAUACCUCCAAGACAUGGUAACCUCACCUGUUAUUGGUAAUGGUGAGAGGUUAGAUCAUACCUCCAAGACAUGGUAACCUCACCUGGUAUUGGUAAUGGUGAGAGGUUAGAUCAUACCUCCAAGACAUGGUAACCUCACCUGGUAUUGGUAAUGGUGAGAGGUUAGAUCAUACCUCCAAGACAUGGUAACCUCACCUGGUAUUGGUAAUGGUGAGAGAUUAGAUCAUACCUCCAAGACAUGGUAACCUCACCUGGUAUUGGUAAUGGUGAGAGGUUAGAUCAUACCUCCAAGACAUGGUAACCUCACCUGGUAUUGGUAAUGGUGAGAGGUUAGAUCAUACCUCCAAGACAUGGUAACCUCACCUGUUAUUGGUAAUGGUGAGAGGUUAGGUCAUACCUCCAAGACAUGGUAACCUCACCUGUUAUUGGUAAUGGUGAGAGGUUAGAUCAUACCUCCAAGACAUGGUAAUCUCACCUGUUAUUGGUAAUGGUGAGAGGUUAGGUCAUACCUCCAAGACAUGGUAACCUCACCUGUUAUUGGUAAUGGUGAGAGGUUAGGUCAUACCUCCAAGACAUGGUAACCUCACCUGUUAUUGGUAAUGGUGAGAGGUUAGGUCAUACCUCCAAGACAUGGUAACCUCACCUGUUAUUGGUAAUGGUGAGAGGUUAGGUCAUACCUCCAAGACAUGGUAACCUCACCUGUUAUUGGUAAUGGUGAGAGGUUAGGUCAUACCUCCAAGACAUGGUAACCUCACCUGUUAUUGGUAAUGGUGAGAGGUUAGAUCAUACCUCCAAGACAUGGUAACCUCACCUGGUAUUGGUAAUGGUGAGAGGUUAGAUCAUACCUCCAAGACAUGGUAACCUCACCUGUUAUUGGUAAUGGUGAGAGGUUAGAUCAUACCUCCAAGACAUGGUAAUCUCACCUGUUAUUGGUAAUGGUGAGAGGUUAGAUCAUACCUCCAAGACAUGGUAACCUCACCUGGUAUUGGUAAUGGUGAGAGGUUAGAUCAUACCUCCAAGACAUGGUAACCUCACCUGGUAUUGGUAAUGGUGAGAGGUUAGAUCAUACCUCCAAGACAUGGUAAUCUCACCUGGUAUUGGUAAUGGUGAGAGGUUAGAUCAUACCUCCAAGACAUGGUAACCUCACCUGGUAUUGGUAAUGGUGAGAGGUUAGAUCAUACCUCCAAGACAUGGUAACCUCACCUGGUAUUGGUAAUGGUGAGAGGUUAGAUCAUACCUCCAAGACAUGGUAACCUCACCUGGUAUUGGUAAUGGUGAGAGGUUAGAUCAUACCUCCAAGACAUGGUAACCUCACCUGGUAUUGGUAAUGGUGAGAGGUUACCAUGUCUUGGGGAUAUGAUCUUUGACCCUCUGUAACUUUCUCACUCAUCAUAUUUGUUGCGACAUACUCCUACUGUAGGCCUGGUCUGAUCUGGGUCACCAAGCGCAUUGAUCAUCUACAGUUGAAGUUGGAAGGGUACAUACACCUUAGCCAAAUACAUUUAAAUUCAGUUUUUUAUUUUUUAUUCCUGACAUUUAAUCCUAGUAAACAUUCCCUGUUUUAGGUCAGUAAGGAUCACCACUUCAUUUUAAGAAUGUGAAAUGUCGGAAUAAUAGUAGAGAGAAUUAUUUAUUUCAGCUUUUAUUUCUUUCAUCACAUUCCCUGUGGGUCAGAAGUUUACAUACACUCAAUUAGUAUUUGGUAGAGUUUCCUUUAAUUUGUUUAAUUUGGGUCAAACAUUUCAGGUAGCCUUCCACAAGCUCCCCACAAUAAGUUGGGUGAAUUUUGGCCCAUUCCUCCUGACAGAGCUGGUGUAACUGAGUCAGGUUUGUAGGCCUCCUUGGUCGCACAUGCUUUUUCAGUUCUGCCCACAAAUGUUCUAUAGGAUUGAGGUCAGGACUUUGUGAUGGCCACUCCAAUACCUUGACUUUGGUGUCCUUAAGCCAUUUUGCCACAACUUUGGAAGUAUGCUUGGGGUCAUUGUCCAUUUGGAAGACCCAUUUGCGACCAAGCUUUAACUUCCUGACUGAUGUCUUGAUGUUGCUUCAAUAUAUCCACAAUUUUCCUUCCUCAUAAAGCCAUCUAUUUUGUGAAGUGCACCAGUCCCUCCUGCAGCAAGCACCCCCACAACAUGAUGCUGCCACCCCCGUGCUUCACGGUUGGGAUGGUGUUCUUCGGUUUGCAAGCCUCCCCCUUUUUCCUCCAAACAUAAUGAUGGUCAUUAUGGCCAAACAGUUCUAUAUUUGUUUAAUCAGACCAGAGGACAUUUCUCCAAAAACUACGAUCUUUAUCGCCAUGUGCAGUUGCAAACCGUAGUCUGGCUUUUAUAUGGCGGUUUUGGAGCAGUGGCUUCUUCCUUGCUGAGCAGCCUUUCGGGUUAUGUUGAUAUAGGUCUCGUUUUACUGUGGAUAUAGAUACUUUUGUACCUGUUUCCUCCAGCAUCUUCACAAGGUCCUUUGCUGUUGUUCUGGGAUUGAUUUCUACUUUUCGCACCGAUCAGAAGCUUCUAAUGCCAUGACAUUAUUUUCUGGAAUUUUCCAAGCUGUUUAAAGGCACAGUCAGCUUAGUGUAUGUAAACUUCUGACCCACUGGAAUUGUGAUACAGUGAAUUAUAAGUGAAAUAAUAUGUCUGUAAACAAUUAGAAAAAUGACUUGUGUCAUGCACAAAGUAGAUGUCCUAACCGACUUGCCAAAACUAUAGUUUGUUAUCAAGAAAUGUGUGGAGUGGUUGAAAAAUGAGUUUUAAUGACUCCAAAUUAAGUGUAUGUAAACUUCCGAUUUCAACUGUAUAUACUGCUCCUGAUCUCCAUUAACACAUGGCUACUACCACUAUCCUGAAGAGCCUGACCGUACUGUACUGGCUUCCUUGUCUUUUACCAUUAUCCUGAAGAGCCUGACCGUACUGUACUGGCUUCCUUGUCUUUUACCAUUAUCCUGAAGAGCCUGACCGUACUGUGCUGGCUUCCUUGUCUUUUACCAUUAUCCUGAAGAGCCUGACCGUACUGUGCUGGCUUCCUUGUCUUUUACCAUUAUCCUGAAGAGCCUGACCGUACUGUGCUGGCUUCCUUGUCUUUUACCACUAUCCUGAAGAGCCGGACCGUACUGUGCUGGCUUCCUUGUUGUCUUUUUACAUUGUCCUUUCCAGCACGUUUCCAGCAGCUAAGGUUAAUCCGUACGCUAUGAGCAGUAUGGUCAACUAGGCCUGCCCAGUACAGCUCAGCUUGGCUCAGUAGUGUGAAAACCAAAGGGUCUCUCUCUGAUGCUGGGGGUUAGGGUCUUUCUGCUGGGGGUUAGGGUCUUUCUGCUGGGGGUUAGGGUCUCUCUCUGGGGGUUAGGGUCUUUCUGCUGGGGG